CAGCGUGAACUUAGCGACAAUGACAUCAUACGUGGGCUUCGGAUGUACGAGUCGCAAAUGUCCCGUAUGAAGAGGAAAAUAGCCCAGCAGCAGGCAAUUAUGACAAAGCAGAAGAAGCAGAUGGAUAACAUCAAGUUUUAUCUCAAAGAAAAAGGUGAUGACUACGAAAGGGAUGACCUUCAAGGGGAAAUUGUUUUCCAGACUGACAAAAUCAAACAAAAACUGCAGCUUGCUUCGCUGGAAAACCUAAUUCGUGAAACAACCCACCACGAGAAGGGACAAAAGGUGAGUGACAGGUAUCAAUCAGCGUUUUGGGAGGGCAUCCCCCCGAGUGUUAAGGAUUUUUGUGUCUUUGGGUAUAAGUAACCUGAAUUUCAGGCCUUCCUCAAGAGUUAGAGGAAACACCUCCCUGAUACUCCGGCUAGGGUAUAAUUCAGAAGUAGAAGUCAGUACAGUUUAUGAGCGCUAGCCUCCUCUGCAGGCUUGACAUCAUUUCUGUUUUAGGGAACGAGUGGGAGAAUUGGGAGAGAACGGGGAGUGACAGUUGAUGCAAAUCCAGCCUCAUUUUUUCACCUUUUCUCGUCCUCAAACUCCUCACGGUCAGUGUAACCGUUACAAUAGGAGUUGCUUGCGCACGGAGGAGUCUAUAAUUAUAUAAGCUCAAGAAUAAAACGUUCAAGAUUUGUAACCUUGGACCUUGUGAAACUGACCAAUCGUACCCUUCUUGACCAUAUACAAUGUUCAAUAAGCUCACCGAAAGAUUUCUGUAGUGUAACAGGAGUUCUUAUUUUGGGGGCUCGGGGUAUUGUUUCUUUGUUGUUGUUGUUGUUGUUGUUUGAGUUACCGUCUUUUACAAGGGUGUCAAACCAAUUGAGUUUUUAGAAGACCUGAUGCAAAACCCAAAGAUUUUUCAAAAGUUAUUGGCAACAAUGGGGAUCAAAAAUAUUCCACACUGUAAAAAAAAAAAAACAAAACAAAAAACCCUAUUUAUGUUCUCAUUGUUUUCUUUUUCUUUCUCGUUCACUUUUUUCACUGCCGCUCAUUCCCGGGCACUCAUUUUCACCUUGCAUUUGAUUGGUGGCCGCUAGCAUUUCUCAUUUUGUCACCGCCGUUUUUUUAUUCUUUCCUACAGUCCUUGAAAAGAGCAAUUGAAAGGGAGAAAGAAGUUAUCGGUGAAGUUGUCCGUCGCGUUCUCGACAAUCGCUUGGUCUGCCGCGAUACUGAGACAGACUGGGGAGCAAAGGCGAACGAAAUGAUCAAAGGUCUGACCACUCAUUAUGUCCACUGCAGGCCAAACGAAUUACUGCAGAAGUUUUACUUGAAAAGAAAAAGUGGAUCCAACAAAUCUCAAACGAGAUAUAAAUAUCGAUGCUGUAGGUUGAAUAUGAAAGACAAGUGGCAGAGGCCUAGUGACAUGUAG